AGGCUCUGGUCAAGAAAGAUCAGUCAUCUCCUCUCCUCCAGCCGGUUCUAGCCUUCUGAAUCAGACAAGAACACAGUUGAGAACACCACCGAACAUCUCUAUAGCAACCAUGCAGCUGUGCUACGGACCAAUGGCGUGCCUCGCUCUCUUCGCUGUCGUCCUCUCGUUAACGGCCACUGAUGCAAACAAGGUCCACAACUGUUGCACAAAGGUCUCCAAGCAGAAAAUCACAGUUCCCAUCAUCGGCGCCAGAUUGCAGAAAAAGGCCCUUCCCUGCGUCAAUGCUGUCAUCUUCGAGACUGAAGAUGGAGAGACCAUCUGCAGCCAUUGGAAAGAGUCCUGGGUUCGAAAAGCACUCUUUCAACUGGAGACAGCCAGAAAGUCACUGGACACACAGAACACCAACGCCACCUCCCGCCCCACAUCCCCAUAGAGGACGCUCUUCACCAUCAUCAUCAUCAACGUCACUCGCUGAACUUGAGGGAUAGCGUUGUUUAAACCUGUAAUUGAAAUGAUAAACUAUUACAUUAUUUAUGCUAAAGAAGGUACAUUUAAAGCCAUCUAGAUAUUAUGAGAGAAACUGGUGUAUUUAUUAUUUAUUGCCAGUUGAAGUAUUUAUUGGGGGUUUUAUAUGUAGAUUAAAUGGCUUUGUAUGAAUUGCAGUUUGCUAUAUGCUAUUAACUUUUAGUUAAUUCAUAUGAUGUACAUCUUAAAGUCAAAGGUCAACAGCCUAUUUCAAAUUUUAAAUAAACUGGAGAUGUAAGAAUUUAUGUCAAGUAUUUAUACCAAAUAAAACAACUGAAUCCUUUGCUAUCCCA